AUGGCAGUCUGGGAUGACUUUGACACGAUCUUUUACUUUAAUAAAAACUUCACCUACGAUGGCAAAGCCAUUGAGCAGAUCAUUGCCAACCGCCGUGCCUUAGAAAACCAGCUAUUCGCCGACAGACUUCUGGGAUUACUUGGUGUGAAAGCAGUUACUCAACUAUACCCUCCCCGCUCGAACGCAGACCUCCGAACUCUGGUCGGCCAUAUUGUUUCCUCUCCGUUGGACAUACAUCACAAGCAAGCCUUGAUCUACUACAUCCUGAAAGACUGCCGUGCCGCUGGCGAUGCGGCUUCCCAGUUUUCGCGCCGGUGCCAUCUGCCCGAGAAGUACAGGUUUUUCAUAGAAGGGCUCUGGAACCUCGAUAGGCUCGAAUUCAAGCGAGCUGUCGAGUAUCUGACCGAGCCUUCUAUCAUUCCAACUUUCCCGGAUGAGAUCCUCUACGUUCUUACCCUUCCUCAUCUCCCAAAGCACGACGAUAGUCUCGUAAUGGCAUACUACCUCACGGUUGCCCCACCUCUGGCCUCGGAGAAGGUCCAGCGAGCAUUCUUCAAGACCCUUUGUCGCGCAAGCAUCACGGAAGCCCUUUACUUUACCCGAAAGCACGACGAAAGUCUACGUCGAAGCUACCUCACACAGCUCAUCGAGUUUGUCCACACAACAGAAGCUGGCCAACUGCGGAGCUCUCGGGCGAUGGAACUGAUUGGUCUUCCCUUGGACGAUCAAGAAGAGGAAUGGUUUGAGCAUGCUCUUCUGCACGGGAGCGCAAAGGGCCUCCAUGGCUCCAAGGACACCGUCAUGAUGCGCCGUCUCGCCUGUGGCAAGCUCAGUGGACUUACUACGGACCUCGAGUCCCUCGGCGGGACGAAGAUCGACGGGCUGAACUGGGAUGUUUUGAAACAGAGCAUGACGCACACGCAGUCAUCGCACUCUGACCGUUGCAAAAAUGAGCACCCUAGUCAGACAUUGAGCUCCGGAAACCGGUUCGGAGCACUGACUGGCGGAGGAGGUUUCGGAGGUCGUGCUGCACAGACACAGAAUCGGCAAGCUGCCAACUAUGGAGUAACGACAGCGGAUAUUAAAGAAGACCUUACUGCCGGAAAAGGGCGGCCAGAAUGGGUCUUUUCCUGCUACGGUCCUGGAAAAAACGCUCCGAGGCAAUUGUUUGGCGGCGUUCAACGAGAGCAGAGCUUUGAAGAGCUACGACUGCGGCAUUAUGAGGCGGCCGCAGCAGGCAACGCGAAUCAGGCAGUCCAGGAAGCCCAGGCGCUAUAUGCAGAGGCUGUGAAACAGAUGGAUGUCAUUUUAAAUGAUCUCGAUGGUGCUGUGAAUUAUGUUCUCGACGGCAUCAACGAACAUCCCAAUCGCAUCGAUAUUACAGAGGGCAAAACCAGUCCGGCUCCCACCCAAGGGCAGUCUGCUUUCGGCCAGUCUUCGCAACUUUCGCAACCUUCGCCAUUUGGACAACCCGCUGCUGCCAGCCCAGCACCAGGUUUCGGUCAGCCUUCAGGGCUAGGCAGUCAACCCUUCGGCAAGCCCUCUGCGUUCGGUCAACCGUCGGCAUUCGGCCAGCCCUCUGGCCUGGGACAAGCAUCUGGUUUUGGACAACCGAGUACUUUAGGCCAGGGGUCUGCAUUUGGACAGCCAUCAGGCUUGGGUGGUGGUCAAUCUGCAUUUGGUAAACCGGCAUUUGGCCAGCCUUCGACCGGCCAAUCUUCCUUCGGCCAACCAUCGUCACUUGGAACCUCGGCGUUCGGGACGUCCGGUACAGCCUCCCCUUUCAGUCAAAUCACAGCUCCGAGCCAGCAAUCGAGCGGCUUCGGUCAGUCUUCUGGACAAACGACCGCUUCUCCGUUCGGACAGAUCGCAAGCCAGCCACCCACUGCGGGUUCAGGGUUCGGACAGCCCUCGACGACACAACCGGCUGGCUUCGGUCAACCUCCACAAACAGCUUCCCCCUUUGGCCAACCGCAACCACCUUCGAACCCAUUUGGCCAGCAAGCCACGGCCCCGAGUCCCUUUGGAGCUCCAAGCCAGCCAGCUGCUCCUUCAGCAUUUGGACAGCCACCCAGUGCAUUCUCACAGCCGGCGCAACCGACGUCUGAUCCUGCCUCUACAUCAGCUGCUAAGGCAGGAACUGGACCUCCCCCAAAUAUCAAAGUUGACAACACCAACGAUCUGAACCCCAUCCCACCUCUGACUGGCCAGACCAUUCGAGAUCCUGUCACGAAGAAACUUUCGGCCUGGAAAGGACAGCCGGUUAAGUACAUCAACAACGAGCCCUGUUAUCUACACCCUCAAGAUCGUCAGACCUACGUUCACAUAUUCUUUCCCGAUGGUCCACCCGAUGCGGCGAGCUUACGGGAUGUCCAGGGGAAGCCGGAUGACUAUACGCCCGAGGUGACUGAGCAGUACGAGUUCUUUGUGACAAACGGGUAUUUCAAAGACGGCGUGAUUCCGAGCGUGCCUCCGAAGACUGAAUGGGUGAGCUUCGACUUUUGA